AUGAUGUCACCUGUAAGAAAUCGAAGCAGCAGGCCCACUUUUAUUCUCCUGGGGUUUUCAGAGUAUCCAGAACUGCAGGUUCCACUUUUCCUGCUUUUCUUGUCCUUUUACACAGUUACUGUGGUGGGAAAUGUGGGCAUGAUCGUAAUCAUCAAGAUCAAUCCACAAUUCCACACAAUCAUGUACUUUUUCCUUAGCCAACUGUCCUUCAUAGAUUUCUGUUUUUCCAGUGUAGUGACACCUAAACUGUUGGAGAACUUGGUUGUGGAAGACAGAACCAUUUCUUUCACUGGUUGUAUUAUGCAGUUUUCUUUUGCUUGCAUUUUUGGAGUGGCAGAAACCUUUAUGUUAACAGCAAUGGCCUAUGACCGUUUUGUGGCCAUUUGUAACCCUCUGCUCUAUGCCGUUACAAUGUCUCAGAAGCUGUGUACUCUUCUGGUGGUGGGGUCCUACAUGUGGGGCAUAGUGUGCUCCCUGAUACUGACAUAUUUUCUUCUUUCACUAUCUUACCAUGAUUCUAGCAUCAUAAAUAACUUCAUCUGUGACCAUUCAGUAAUUGGUUCUGUGUCCUGCUCAGACCCAUAUAUCAGCCAGAUGCUAUGUUUUAUCAUUGCUGUGUUCAAUGAGACGAGCAGCCUGAUUAUUCUUACGUCUUACGCACUCAUUUCCAUCACUGUUAUGAAGAUGACUUCAGCAACAGGGCGUCGGAAAACCUUCUCCACCUGCACCUCCCACCUGACAGCCAUCACCAUCUUCCACGGCACCAUCCUGCUCCUCUACUGUGCUCCUAAUGCUACAACUUCUUGGGUGAUAGUAAAAGUGGCUUCAGUGUUUUACACGGUGGUGAUUCCCAUGCUGAAUCCAUUGAUCUAUAGUCUUAGGAACAAAGAUGUGAAAGAAGCAUUCAGAAAAUUCGUUUUCACAAAAUCUCAUUGUCGUGUGACCUAA